CCACAUCAUCAUGUUGCCCUAUCAGGUGCAAAUCGUGGACUGGUUUCCACCCACUGACAACAGGGCAGAAAAAAAAAGAAAAAAGCUGCUGCAGCCGAAUGGAAAGGCGCAGAAACUUCACUGGCAGGACUCACAUGUAGCGCCGGAGCCGCCGGGAGCGCAUUUACUCAACGUGUCACACUGACACAUGUUCUGGGACAGCCAGCACGUUCUCUUUACUGGGUAAUUACAGCAAGCGUGUUAUCUUUUCGUUUGCGAGCGGUUGUCACGGAGGCACACAUGAAUCACAGUCACGUCCUUUUCAGAGGUACGAGGGGGAGCGGAAAAGGUGCGCUGGAUUCCUCCACCAAAGCUGCGCAGUAGGGAGCGCUCGGAGUCCGGCGGGUCGGCGCGCGCUGCUCCUUCCUCCUCGCCGCCGGCACCUCGGGCUGGGGAUUUAGGCGACUCCGACUGCCCGUCGAAGGGAAGAGCGCCGCCGAACUCCAACUCUGCUCCGUUUGAAAGAACUCAAAAAAGGAGAAGGAAGAAGGGGAGCAGCCAAUGUUGCACGCGGUGCCAGUGGCGCGCCGCUCCGUCGCCCACUGGUCCGCGCGCCGGCGCCGCGCGCCUCGUCCGGGCCGCUCGCUCUGAGGACACGGUUCGCACGCGGGAGAGACAGGUGUGCACGCGUGCAGGUGUACAGGUGUACCCGAGCGACCCACCAUGUCUCUUCUCCCUCCGCGCUCCAUCUGCGUAUGUUUACAUGUCCUAGUUCUCUAUUUCCAGCUACAGGAGUCUCAGCAGACCGUGGCAGAUUUCCGGCGCUACAUCGAAAACCACACCCGGAACUCGGAGGACCUGAGCCGGAAGCAGGUCCGCAUCUAUCAGCUGUAUAGCCGCACAACAGGCAGGCACGUGCAGAUCUUGGGGAAGAAGAUCAACGCCAACGGGGAGGAUGGGGGCAAGUAUGCUCUGUUGGUGGUGGAGACUGAGACGUUUGGAAGCCGUAUCCGGAUCAGAGGGAAGGAAAGCAAUCACUACAUCUGCAUGAACAAGAGUGGGAAGGUCAUUGGGAAGCCCAGUGGGAAGAGCGAGGAGUGUAUUUUCAUUGAGGAGUUCUUGGAGAACAAUUACACAGCCCUGGUGUCGGCCAAGUACAAGGGCUGGUACCUGGGUUUCAGCAGGAAGGGGCGGCCAAAGAAAGGCUCUCGGACUGCCCAGACACAGCAGGAGGUGCACUUCAUGAAGCGCAGUCCCAAGGGUGCGGCAGAAUGGUCUGAGGAUUUCCGCUUUACCCCUGUGACCAAGCGACUGCGCAGAGCACGGCGCCUGAAGGCCAGCCCCCACGCGGGCUGACAGACAGGAUAGGGUCCUUCUAUGGAAAUUUCCAACUGAAAACAUUUAAAA